CACAACUAGUCCAGUUCAAAGGAAAUGAAACAAUGCCCUAAUUAAAAUAACUUCCUCAACUUCAGUUCAGACAUUAGGGACUGCAUUUCCAUUAGUCCCAGCCAAUAGAACCAAAGGACAGAGCUGCUUUCUGAGCUGUGAUUGGCUGACUAACUAAACCUGACCAAUGCCUUUCUCCAUAGAGCCUCCCCCUUCUCAGCCCACCCCUUCCCAUUUUCCCAGAAAAAUGGAUGAAGCUAUUUAAAUCAGAAUGGCAUGGCAGAACUCUACCUUGAGUUCAUCAAUAACCGUGUGGUGUCAUUUUCAGUUCAAUUGUAUUGGGAUAAAGCCAACUCUACCAAACUCUACAUUUGGGUCUAUGCUUGUCAUCUAGUGCUAUAUGAGAAGGUAGUUUGGCAUUAAAGCUUUGUGUUGAUAGGAGCCAUGAGGAUACUGCCAUGGAUCUCCUACUUCGUGUGUUUCAUUGGCCAACAUGCCACCUGGAGUUUAGGAGCAGACAGAUUGAAGAGUAGAGAUUUGCUCCUGUCAUCUCAACAGAAGAGCCAGAUGCUUGCAACCCUUGCUGCUUCUAAACCAUUGGACUUGCAGAAGGUGAACUCAGAAUUGAAAUGUGGAGUCCGUUCUCUAGAUCUCGUGGGCCAGGAGGAUAAUUGGCACCCUGGGAGUUUUUCAAGAAUUAUUGGAGGGCAAAUAUCUGUGCCUGGUGGACAACCAUGGCAGGUAUCCAUCAAGAUGGGGCGAUCCCACUUCUGUGGAGGCAGUUUGAUCCAAGACAAUAUAGUGGUUACUGCAGCUCACUGUGUUGUGGAUCUUGACUUGAAACUUGUAAAAAAUCUGUUUGUGACUGUUGGGGAAUACAGUCUCAGAAGCAGGGAUGAAGAAGAACAGAACAUCCAGGUCUCAAAAAUCAUCCCUCAUCCUUCCUUCAACAGAUUUGGAAACAUGGAUUCAGAUAUUGCACUGCUCUUUCUGAAAGACAGAGUGAGAUAUGGAGACGAAGUACAGCCAAUCUGUCUUCCACACAAGGGAGAUCUAUUUGAAGCUGGGACUCUUUGUGUUGUGAGUGGAUGGGGCAAGGUCAAGGAAGACGGUGUUUUGUCGGAUGUUCUACAGGAAGUUGAACUGCCUAUCAUUGACAGCAAGACCUGCAGUGAAUUGUUAAAAACAUUGAACUUGCCUCCGAUACGGAGCAACAUGUUAUGCGCUGGUUUUCCAGAUGGGGGAAAGGAUGCAUGCCAGGGGGAUUCUGGAGGUCCCCUGGCAUGUAGAAGAGCCAGUGGCAUCUGGGCUCUGGUAGGCAUCACAUCUUGGGGCAUUGGUUGUGGAAAAGCCUGGCAGACAGGCAAGAGACCCAGCAGUAGCCGGGGUUCUCCAGGUGUCUUCUCUAAAGUAGAUGAAUUUUUGGAUUUUAUUGUCCAGAACAUUAUGCCUGUACCUAAGGCAAACUCUCAGACUUCUUACAAUCCAGAAAAUUGCAAUCCUCAAGGAGUGUCAGUGUUUGGAGAAAGUGGCCACAUUUGGCACCCUCAGUUAACUGAGGAAGAUUACCUUGACAACAGCCUAUGUAUCUGGAAUAUAUCUGUACCAGAGGACAGUAUCAUACUUGUGCAGUUCAUCAGAGUAGACAUAGAACAUCAGACUGAGUGUGACCAUGACUCUGUGACUGUCUCCUCAAACAAGAAUGAGUUAAUUGGCAAAAUCUGUGGCAAUGUGCUGCCUUCUCCUCUCCUGGUAGAGUCGAACCAAGCCAUCAUCACUUUUGUGUCUGACAACAGCAAUACUGGUGCAGGCUUUGAGUUCACCUUCACUGCUGUGCAUAAAGCAUCUGAGGCAGGUUCUGGCUGUGGCAGUGUAGCCAUUCUGAGAGAAGAAGGAAAGUUUGACACAGCUAAUUAUCCUGGCUUAUAUCCCAGUGGCACCAAAUGCCAUUGGCUCAUUGAAGCCCCAAUGGAACAUGUCAUCAAGCUGGAGUUUGAAGAUUUUGCCAUUGAAACCAGCCAGGACUGUAUUUAUGAUGCUGUUUCUAUCUAUGAUGACCAAGAAGAGGAACAUCAAAUAGCGCUUCUUUGUGGUUUCUCAAUUCCUUCCCCAGUUUGGAGCACUGGAAGCAUGAUGCUCAUCUACUUUGAGAGUGAUGAGGAGAAUAACUUCAGAGGAUUCAAGGCCAAAUUUGCAUUUUUCCCCUCAGAAACAACUAAAACUGAAGUCGCAAGACAUUUUGUCAUGCGGGCAAUUGAUCCAAUUCCAAGGACUAUUCCUCUUGAUGUUUGUGGUUCUCCCCCUUUUGCUCCUCAGUGGCUGACUGCGCACAUUGUUGAAGUAGAAGAAGCUUGUCCCCAUUGUUGGCCAUGGCACAUAGGUUUGCACUUUCUGGGUGACUACCAGUGUGGGGGUGUCAUCAUUGGCUCUGUAUGGAUACUCACAGCAGCUCACUGUGUUCAAAUAUCAAAAGACAUCUCACAUUGGACUGUUGUUGCUGGAGAAUAUGACAGAAUUCUGAAGGAACCAAAUGAGCAGGUUAGAAGAGUAAAAGCCAUUAUAAUGCAUCAAGACUUCAAUGUCACGAGCUACAAUUCGGAUAUAGCACUGGUCCAGAUACAAGCUCCUUUCUCCUACAAUGCCGUGGUGAGGCCGGUAUGCUUGCCCAACUCCACUGAACCUUUGCCUUCUUCCCUCCUUUGCACUGUGACUGGCUGGGGGAGGACCCAAGAAGCUGGGGGCCUUGCCAGUCGCUUACAGCAGGCUCAAGUACCUAUUCUUAAUAAUGACAUCUGUGAGCAAAGCUAUUAUGCUAACCACCCUGGAGGGAUCACAUCCAGAAUGCUUUGUGCUGGUUUUGCAUCAUCUGAAGGUCAAGAUACUUGUCUAGGCGAUGCAGGUGGCCCAUUGGUUUGCCAAAAUGAAGAGGAGCCAUUUAUACUCCAUGGCAUUGCCAGCUGGGGUGUUGGUUGCCCCAGGCCAAAGAGACCAGGUGUUUAUGCAAGAGUGAGCUUCUUCUUGGACUGGAUCAUGGCCAGAAUGAAAGAAAAGGGAUCAGUGGAGAUCCAAAUAAAUAACACUGGAUAUGAAGCCUCAGCAUCAUUACCAGAGGUACCUGUGAACCUGAUGGGAGAAGGUCCCAAGAUAGCCAAUGGUAUGAAUUAUGCUGAUGAUGUCAACCAGCAGCUUAUCUACUGCAGAGAUGUCGUCCUGACAUCACAGGAAGGAAUCAUUCAUUCUCCAGGGUUUCCUUAUAGCUAUUUCAACACCAUCAGUUGUCACUGGAGAAUUGUUGCUCCAUUAAAUGCCAUCGUUCGGUUGGAUUUCCUGGACUUUGUGAUUGAAAAAUCGCAUUCUAAAUGUCAUGGUGGGCUUACAAUUUAUGAAGGAUUUGAAUCUGCAAAAGAUGUUCUCGGUAGCUUCUGUAAUGAGUCUCCAGGUUACCCUUUAAAGUCUCAUGGCCCUGAGGUAACUCUCAUCUUUUCUUCUGGUGAGAAUACAAAUAUGAAAGGCUUUGUUCUUAGCUAUGGAACCUAUAAAAUACAACCAAGUCAUAUACAAGCCAGAAUGAGAAAUGCUGGCAAAGGGUGUCCCGUUUUGGAUCUGAUCCCAUUAGAAGUGGCUGACAUUGUAUCUCCAAACUACCCAAAUACUUACCCAGAUUUAGUCAGCUGCACUUGGACUGUCUACUCUGCUUCAGGAAAUAGGUUGAAAGGUGUGGUCAGAGAUCUUGAAAUGGAAGACUCCAGAGACUGCAUUUGGGACUCACUGAGUGUUUAUGAUGGGCCAGAUCAACAUUCAAAAUUGCUUGGGAGAUUUUGUGGGCAAAAAGGACAUUUCAGACUCUUUUCGAGUGGAAGCUACUUCACAGUCUGUUUCAAAACUGACGGCUCAAUUGGAGCCAAGGGUUUCAAGGCCAUUUUUGAAGAAGUGAAUGAUGGACCAGCACAACAAAGCAAGAAUGGAUUAGAACUCCAGAAUCCAUGUAACAAAGUGAAGGGUUGUCUUCCUUUUAUAGACUCUCAAUCUUUAUGUAUUUGCUUGUUUUGUUUCUUGAAUUUAAGCCCCACUUUUUUCCUGCCAUGGGACUCAAGACGGCUUGCAAUAAUUUAAAAUAGAAAUGAUAUGUUACAAUUUUUUUAAAAAAAACAUAGAACACUAGUCCUAAAAGUAGAUAGUUUUAAAUAUAUUUACAAGAUGUCGCUUCUACAGUAUGAACAAAAAUAAAUCAAAUACCUGCUAAAUCAAAUACCUGUCUUAGCCUGCUGGUGAAAAAAAGAGCAAGGGGGGAAUUAAUUGGGUUUCUUGUGGAAAAAGAUUCCCCAACUUGGAAGCAGAGGGGUCUUCUUAAUACUUCUGCCCAUAAACUACACAUGUGACACUUCAUCACAAUGCUCUUUACUAGCAAACAAUAAAUGCCCCCCUCCCUACACUUAGUUGAUAGUGAAGAGAGGCGGCUUGAAAAAGCCCCUGAGAAUCAAACCAAAAUUACAAAGAAAAUAUGUUUAUUUUACCCAUUUGGGGGCUAGUUUUUCUACACUGAGUCCUGUGAGCGGCAUCAUAUUUGGCGUGGGAUGUCACUAUUAUCUGGUUUCAUUUAAAAAAUGUAUGUGGACCUCCUGUGGUCGUACAAGGCUUCCCUGAGCCACAUCCACAUGUGACCUGCACAGUUCCUGCUCUUAUCAUACAUCUUGUAUCACUGACUUUUGGUUGGGUUUUAGGCUAGUUAACAAUAAUUUGUGCUUCAAUUGUUGGAUUAUAUAAUUUGGCUGGGAAUGCAUAUGCUUCUCUUUUCUUUUAUGCAGGAGAAUUCUGGAAAACCACUACUAUGCAAGAAUGAUAGGUAUUAUACAAUAGCUGGUGUUAUGAACUGGAAAAGCGACAACUGUGAUCUAGAAUUGCAAACAGUCAACACAUGGAUUUCUGUUUACAGGAGUUGGGUUUCAUUGGACACUAAUGGAAAAUUGUAAAAAGGGUAGUCCUUAAUCCAUUACUUUUUUGCCUUAAAGGUGUAGGACAUGAAGUCUCCAAGCUAGUUCUUUCUUCUUUUAAUGUGACAAAACACUGACACAGGCUGUCUUUCCACACAGUUUCAAAGACGAUUCAGGAAAUUUUGUAUGAUAAAAUAUAGGGCUUCUUCAUAAAAUAUAAGACUAAGACAAGAAAAUUUCCUUGAAUUCAAAUACCAGCUCUGAGAAGUAAUUUGGAUGGUGAAAUAUGUGUUGUACAAAGGCAGCUUUGGUGAGGUCAAUGUGAUAUUGUGUCCAUACUUUUGUAGAAAUGAAUCAGACUGAAGCUGUAUGUACCACUUUAUGAAAGAAUUGUGGUCAUUGAAAUAAAUACCCAGUUAUACA